GAAUAUGAUUUCGUGCUUCAUGCAGCCAUUGGGAUAUAAUGAACGGCAAGUCUGGGGACGGUGCUGAAAAAGGGCCAAAAUAUCUGCAGGCCGUUUUUGCUCGACUUGCCACGGACGGCGAGACCGAUACCAAGAUCGAUAUCAACACCGACACCGACACAGACCCGUCGUUGGAGGAAAUCAAACGCCUUCCGACUCGUCAACUCCAGAAUGCGGGCUUGUUGCUCGCUCGACAUCUCAUAACCCGCAAGUUAGCAGAGAUCGACAGUGGUGGUCGUGGCGGGUUAUGUCCGGACCUGAUCCUCCAGCGUGCAGCCGUGUACGAGGCGCUCGGAUGUAGCGAGCUCGCGUUGGCGGAUGCCUAUGUGAGUUAUACGCUGUGCGAAGUCGUGCUGGAGGGGGGUGAUGUUUCGGAUUUGGAACCGGUCACGGUCGAAGGGGAAAAUUGGCCUGCCGCGUGCUGCACCGGGGACGAGGCUGAGAUUGAGAGUGAGAGGCAAAAAGUGGCGUUGCGGCAUAAAUAUCGCAGUCUGAUAUUGUUGGCUCGGUCGGCGCUUCUACUGGGGUGCCAGUACCAAGCGAAGAUUUGGAUCGAUGAGUUGCUGUCUCUGGAAGUGGAAGUGGGAGUGUCGUUGGAGGAGGAGAAGAGGUCUUCCGAGAGAGCAGCAGUCGUCCUCGUCGCCGAGGAGAGUCAGAGGCAGAGUCAGAGGCAUCCGUCAGAUGUUGUGGUCAGUGACUUUUGCGAUUUUUGGUCCGUGUACGAUGGCGAAGAAGGUGGCUCAGUUGGCAUUGGCAUGUUCAGGUCGGCGGUCAGCGAGAUCCGAAGGAAUGGCGAGAAGAGGAACUUGUUCGGAUGGAGUUCGCGGGUUGUAUAUCCGUGGAACGAGCAUGAGCCGGAUCGGAUGAGUAAGGAGAGUCUCGACGAGAUCAAUGCAAAUCUACAAAAGGCGGCGCCGGAUCUGGAGGUGGAGAUCUCGGUGCUGCCGAAUCUCGUCCCGAAUACUACUACGAGUAGUACACAGGUGAAAAGCGCCGACGCAGGCAGAGACGCAGACACAGACACGGACGAGAGAGCGGACAAGCCAUCUCCGUCUGGGCCUACGGCUGAAGGUUCGUCACAGCUAGGACUCUACGCGAAAAAGGAUCUCGCACCAGGCACGACGAUACUCGAGGAAAGGUCCGUUCUUACUGCGAUCCGGCCGCACGGAGAAGCACUCUGUGAUGCAUGCGCGGCUGAUAUGGAGGCGAUUCCUCAGGAACUGCGGCGGUACUGCCCGGGGUGCAACAUCCCCUUCUGUUCGGAGGCGUGUUAUGAUCUGGCCACGAAAACAUACCACGCGGUCAAUGAAGAGGACGAAGAAAAUGACGAGGGAUAUCCGCCCUACGAGUCGCCGUUUUGUCCAGGCUCGAGUGGGAACGAGGACCUACAUACCCUUGGGCGGGCCGAGAGUAGCACGACGCCAGAGUGGGAUUUGUACUUUCUCUUGUUGUCAAGAACGAUGCAGAUGGCCGAGACUCGACACGUGCAUCCGCUCGAUCUGUUCGAGGUGAAGUAUCUGUGGGGCGAUUUCAGUCCCGCGCCGCCCGGGUUGGAGGCUUGGUUGUCCGGGGGGAAAGUAAAAGAAAACGAAAACGAAAACAGAAGUGUGAGUGUCGGUGGGAGCGGAAGCGGAAGCGGAAGCACGCCGAGGAGGACGUUACCCUACAGUGUCCGGCACCACGUCGAAUUGCCGCUGCAAUGGUUCGAAGUGCUCAUGCACUCACGACCGGAAUGUCGGCCUUAUAGCAAGCACUGGCUUGAGAGGUACGACUGGUGGAUCGUGCAGACUCUGUUUGCAAAGUUCCGAGGCGUCGCGGAUGCGCAGCAGAGUACGUGGACGGGCAAGCCCGAGGUGGCGGCUGUGCAUCCGUUGUGGUGCCUUGCCAAUCACAGUUGUAAUCCGAAUGUGACGUGGAAGAGCUCUGGCGUGCGGGAUCUGACGGUCGUGAGCGAACGGGUGUGGCGGCGCAGUAGAGCAGAAAAAGAAAAGGAAGGACAGCGAGGUGAAGAUGAACGUGAAUGGAAGGGCAUCAAGGCAGGAGAGGAGAUUUGGAACCAUUAUACGGAUGUUCAUGAGAGCGAUUUCAGGGAGCGACGGGCGAGAUUGAACGCCGUGCUGGGCGGAGAGUGUAGAUGUGAAAGAUGUUCUGCCGCGGAGGCUCUUAUCAUGAGAUGAAGCGUUUGACCAGGACUUCGUUUCUACCAUCCAUCGACUCGAAUCUGAUCGACUACCCAGCUGGACACUGACUCCGAGCGCCAUACCUAUAGCUGCCUUUACAAAGAAGGAUGAGUUGCAAAAGGAGAGUCGACAAUACUGAUCUCCAUGGUGUGGUUUGCAGAUGCACUUCCAAACGACAUUUCAGCACUGCCAUGCAAUGGCUUCAUAUCAAUACAGCUUCGGCGGCCUCCCUUUGUUGGCAACGACAUUCCUCACAUGGGCCUCCCACCGUCUACCGAUUGCCACCCACUCCUGGGAGUUCAGAUAGUGCUCCUGCUCGUCGAAGUCCGGGGCCAGGGCCAGGUCCAGGUCGAAUUCAGGCAUGUACAGACUACCUAUGACGCCCUUCUCCAACACGCCGUCCUCGACCACCCCUGCUUCUCGAAGGAUCAAGAUCGGCAGCCCGAUCUGGUAGGCCAUGGCCGGUUCAAUGUGCGCCCAGGGGCUGGUCAGCCAGACGUCGUUGAUGGGUUUGGUUUCCAGUUUGUUGCGGCCGCCGGCCCCGACGCGCACGGUUCUUUCACCCUUUUCGAUAUGCGUUCGACGGAAAGCGACGCAUAACAGGCCGUUGGACCCGGCCAUCAGAGAGCGGAUGGCUUCCAGAGGAGCGACGUCGCUGUAGUCUGUCACGCCGAGGGUGCGUGGGAGCAUGCCCCGGUCUUGCAGCCAUCGGCUUACUUUGUCGAUGAAUUCUUGUUGAGCUUUGUUGAUGGGUUGCGGGCAGGAGAGGAAGAUGGAUAUCGCCAUGUCAUGUCACCCCUCGACUUAUCUAGUACUGCGAACGGUACUCCGUACAGG